AUGUCAUUUCGCACACCUGAUGUCCACUCCUCGUUUGAAGCCUUACCUGGACAGGCUCAUCCAGCCGCAGGGCCCAAAAGGGGCAGCCGUGCAUUCGCGUUCGCCAAAACUACGGGACAACAACCAUCAACCCACAUCUCGGUACAGUACAGUUCUGCGCAUGACAGCACCAUAGUCGGCGAAUCGGGGAACUCGCAGAGGACGGGUUUCCAACCGCAUGGUACUGGUAGGCAGAUACCGAGUACGUCAGUUAAGGCCUUGACAGAGAGCUCCGCAGAGUCGCCGAGCAUGAGGAAGAUGAGGGAGAAGUGCGACAGUAUGGACCGUGUUGAUAGCCCGAUUAAGCCAGAAAGGGAUGUCGUCCCGGUAGCAGUCAUCCAAGACAAUCGUCAACGGGAGCUUCGGCACCGCCUGUACGACAAUGGGGUGGCCAUCGGCGGAGUGGAAGUUGUUGGAGUCGUGACCGACUCCGGAGUGGAUGCCCUCAAUAUGUGGUGUAUGGCUGUCAACGCCGGCAGCUGGUAUCUGUCCUCGCACAGCGGCGGCUGGAGAGCGGGUAACACGUUAACUUCCGCCAGGAAUGCAGACGCCGCAGGUCGUUUGAUGGCCGCAAUCGGCGCCGAAGCCAGGACUGUUGAGUCUGUGUUCUCAACAUCUGCUCGGCCGGGCAAAGGGCAUCAUCGAAGAAAAUGGUUGCGGCCAGAGGAGGCGGCUGCGGUUACACAGGAGGGUCAUCGGGUCAGCCUGUACGCAUGGAGUAUCAGCCUAGCUGGCAAGCGCGUCCUGAUACACAACGCAUAUGCACGAGACAUGGGAGGCUACUUCGCCAUGGUUCUCAAGAGCCGGGUAGGUGACCAGGAAGCCGGGACUGAACAGCCGGUCCAGCUACACCAUUGCGGCACUGCCAAUGUCCUGCCUUGGGAAUGGCCCGUUCUGCAGCAUGUCUUCCGCCUGCCCCGUCGACCUGGCCUUGUAUCCCUUCUGCAUCUUUGGCGUUCGAUUCGCUCUGGUCAACGAGACCUCGAUGCACGUUGCAGGGCACAUCCAGAUCUCUGUAUCACGAUUAGCGAGACACGAAUGACAGACCGCUGUGCAACCACACGGCGACGGAGCGGCGAAGGGGUUCUGUCACGAUUGGAGGUGGCAGUCGCACCGCCAGAUGUAGGUGUAGGGGCCGGCGGAUGGCAUAUAAUAUUGGAGGUACUCGGUGUUUGGUGGCCCCAUUUUGCGUCCGUUUCGUUUCCUUCGAUGGUCUUUGAUUCCCAGGCUAAACCAUUCAUAGUUUGGGAAGAAAGAAUGACGCAAGCCAAAAUACUUUCGAUCCUCUCUCCACAAGCCCUCAAAGAGCAGGUCUAUGGAUACCGAAUCAUCGAAUUGCAAAACCACCUAUGGCGUCAGGAGCGAUCGGUUUGCUUGGGAUUGGCACGCGUAGCCGGACGACCACAAGAUCCGGCAGUGGCCUCGUUCCUUGAUCUUAUCUCAACGCUGCAAGGAUUCCGGCCCGGACCUGGUCUUGUUUGGGUGGUCACGGAGCUGCACGAAGGGAAGAGUUGGCGUGCGAAGACGGGCGCGGCACCUUCGGGACCAGCCUCACCUGUUGGAGGGUUGCAGUUGGGAGAUGGAGGUUGGGGUCCUUAUAGGCCAGACAAGAACUUGGACUUCUUGCUGAUGGUUCACCCUUGGGGAUCGGAUGCUUUGGUCCUCGCGCAAGUCUCCAAUUCUCCAACCAUGCAGGCUGAGAGCAAAGGCCGUUGCGGCAAAUGUGACAUCCAGUGUGCUCUUUGCUUCCGCUCACUCGCACCACACGAGAUUGAACAAGAGCCGUGCUUCUUCCACCCGGGGGUCAAAGAGUGCCUUGAAGCAGACUCUUCCGCGAGCGAAGCCAGCGACGAUGACGUCGUCCCGUCGUAUCCUACCAGCUCAACCGACAGCUCAGAGUACGACGACCUUCCUCAUGACGAGGUUCUUGUGUAUAGGUGCUGCGGAAGGCGUGGAGACACGGUCGGUUGCACGGCUGAGACACGACACAUGCCAAUCCACUCAGAGCAUGCUGUAGAGUGGCGGGGUAUAGAUGGACGGAACAGUAAGACCGGCAACGGCAGGGCAGGAUUCGCAUCUGCAUCCAAGUUGGAAGGUACUUGUGUUUUGAUUGGGAAGGAACUCGACUCUGGAAAGCAUCUUGUUAGCUCAAUUGAAGGAAGGAUCAAUGGCAUUGUUUCGAGCAUGCGAAAUGUUUUCGAAGAGGUACAUGCCCAAAAGUUUCUGGCACGUUCAUUAUACGGGUCAAGCAGUGCGAGGAUGUCUGCUCUUUCACGAAGGGCGCUAUCCGACGAAUCCAUGCUGUCCUCUAUCGGCUUGUGUCUAUACUUUCCAAAGGUCCGCUACUCGUAA